CCACGAGAGUCUGUGGGCAGUUUAAAUGACUGGGCUUUUAAAUUCACGAGGGUCACUUUUGGACUGUUUGUCCUGGGAGUACCUCGUCGGCGCCACUUUCUCCAAAUCCCUACUUUUCUAAUCUGAACCUCCAUCUGAGCACACGUUUCUUCGUAUCACUGGCCCUCUGCCCCAACCUAAAAUGUCCAAAAAGGCCCCAAGCGAGGACGAGAAGUUCCUCUAUGUUGACAAAGACCUGCUGAACAGCCCCAUGGCUCAGGCCGACUGGGCGGCCAAGAAGCUGGUAUGGGUCCCAUCAGAGAAACACGGCUUUGAGGCAGCGAGCAUAAAAGAAGAGCGUGGCGAUGAGGUGCUGGUGGAGCUGGCCGAUAACGGCAAAAAGACAACGGUUAACAAGGACGACAUCCAGAAGAUGAACCCACCCAAGUUCAGCAAGGUGGAGGACAUGGCUGAGCUCACCUGCCUGAACGAGGCCUCCGUGUUGCACAAUCUUCGUGAGAGGUACUUCUCAGGGCUUAUUUAUACGUACUCUGGCCUGUUCUGUGUGGUGGUUAACCCUUACAAGAUGCUGCCCAUCUACUCGGAGAAGAUCAUUGACAUGUACAAAGGAAAGAAAAGACAUGAAGUCCCCCCUCAUAUCUACGCCAUAGCUGAUAAUGCCUACAGAAACAUGAUGCAAGACCGCGAGGACCAGUCUAUUCUCUGCACCGGAGAAUCUGGUGCAGGAAAGACGGAGAACACCAAGAAGGUCAUCCAGUACCUGGCAGUCGUGGCCUCCUCCCACAAAGGGAAGAAGGACAGCAGUGCUCAACAAUCAGGAUCACAGUUUGCCUACGGGGAGCUGGAGAAGCAGCUCCUGCAGGCCAAUCCCAUCCUGGAGGCUUUUGGAAACGCCAAGACCAUCAAGAACGACAACUCCUCUCGAUUUGGAAAAUUCAUUCGGAUCAACUUUGAUGUCACAGGCUACAUUGUUGGGGCCAACAUAGAGACUUACCUGCUGGAGAAGUCUCGCUGUAUCCGACAGGCAAAGACGGAGAGGGCUUUUCACAUCUUCUACUACAUGAUCGCUGGUUCCAAAGACAAACUGCAGGAGGAGCUUCUCCUGGAACCCUUUAGUGGUUACCGCUUCCUGAGUGCCGGUCAUGUUCAGAUCCCCGGCCAGCAGGAUGACGAGAUGUUCGAGGAGACCAUGGAGGCGAUGACGAUCAUGGGCUUCACCGACGAGGAGAGAACCGAUAUACUGAAGGUAUGCUCCACGGUGAUGCAGCUGGGCAACAUCGAGUUCAAGAAGGAAAGGAAUCAGGAACAAGCCACCAUGCCAGACAACACUGCGGCCCAGAAGGUGUGCCACCUGCAGGGCAUCAAUGUGACGGACUUCACCAGAGCCAUCCUCACGCCUCGGAUCAAAGUAGGCAGAGAGGUGGUGCAGAAGGCCCAGACCAAAGAGCAGGCCGACUUCGCUGUUGAGGCGUUGGCCAAAGCUAUUUAUGAGCGACUGUUCCGUUGGAUCCUCGGUCGGGUCAACAAAGCCCUGGACAAGACCAAACGGCAGGGAGCCUCCUUCCUGGGAAUCCUCGACAUUGCUGGGUUUGAGAUAUUUGAGGACAACUCCUUUGAGCAGCUGUGCAUCAACUACACCAACGAGAAGCUGCAGCAGCUCUUCAACCACACCAUGUUCAUCCUGGAGCAGGAGGAGUACCAGAGGGAGGGCAUCGAGUGGAACUUCAUCGACUUUGGUCUGGACCUACAGCCCUGCAUUGAGCUCAUCGAGAGGCCGAACAAUCCUCCAGGCAUCCUGGCUCUGCUGGAUGAGGAGUGCUGGUUCCCAAAAGCCACAGACAUCUCGUUUGUCGAGAAGCUCAUGAACACUCAGGGGAACCACAUCAAAUUUGCCAAACCAAAGCAGCUGAAGGACAAAACGGAGUUCUCCAUUCUUCAUUACGCUGGAAAGGUGGACUAUAACGCCACAGCUUGGCUGACUAAGAACAUGGACCCUCUAAAUGAUAACGUCACAGCACUUCUCAGCAAUUCCUCCAGCCAGUUUGUGCAGGAUCUGUGGAAGGACGCGGACAGAGUGGUGGGUCUGGACACGAUAGCCAAGAUGACUGACAGCUCCAUGCCCAGCGCCUCAAAGACCAAGAAGGGAAUGUUUCGCACAGUUGGACAACUCUACAAGGAGUCUCUGGCCAAACUCAUGACCACACUGCACAACACGCAGCCUAACUUCGUCAGAUGCAUCAUCCCGAACCACGAGAAAAGGGCAGGGAAGCUGGACGCCCACCUGGUGCUGGAGCAGCUGCGGUGUAACGGUGUGUUGGAGGGAAUCAGGAUCUGUCGGCAAGGCUUUCCCAAUCGAAUCGUCUUCCAGGAGUUCCGCCAAAGAUACGAGAUCUUGGCUGCAAGUGCUAUUCCCAAAGGUUUCAUGGACGGCAAACAGGCCUGCUGCCUGAUGAUCAAACAUCUGGACUUGGAUCCCAACCUCUACAGGAUCGGACAGAGUAAGAUCUUCUUCCGUACCGGAGUGCUGGCCCAGCUGGAGGAGGAGAGGGAUCUGAAGAUCACUGUGAUCAUCAUCGCGUUCCAGGCUCAGGCGAGGGGCUUCCUGGCCAGAAAGGCGUUCGCUAAGAGGCAGCAACAGCUGACAGCCAUGAAGGUGAUCCAGAGGAACUGUGCUGCCUACCUCAAACUCAGGAACUGGCAGUGGUGGAGGCUCUUCACUAAGGUCAAGCCUCUGCUCCAGGUGACUCGACAAGAGGAAGAGAUGAGCCUAAAGGAUGAAGAGUUGCAGAGAGCCAAAGAGGUGGCUUCAAAGUUUGAGUCGGAGCUUAAAGAAGUCAACCUGAAACACGCACAGAUGGUCGAGGAGAGGAACGCUCUGCAGGAGCAGCUCCAGGCAGAGACGGAGCUGUACGCAGAGGCUGAGGAGAUGAGAGUCCGUCUGGGAGCCAAGAAGCAGGAGUUGGAGGAGAUCCUCCAUGAGAUGGAGGCCAGGCUGGAUGAGGAGGAAGAACGAGCUCAGGCGCUGCUGCUGGACAAGAAGAAGAUGCAACAGCAGAUGCAGGAACUGGAGGAGCACUUAGAUGAAGAGGAGGAUGCCCGUCAAAAGCUGCAACUGGAGAAGGUCACCUGUGAGGGGAAGAUUAAGAAGCUGGAGGACGACAUUCUGGUAAUGGAGGAUCACAACAACAAGCUUCUGAAGGAGCGUAAGCUGUUGGAGGAACGAGUUGCUGACUUUAGUGCCAACUUGGCAGAGGAGGAGGAGAAAUCCAAGAAUCUGACCAAGCUCAAAAACAAACACGAGUCCAUGAUCUCAGAACUGGAAGUUCGCUUGAAAAAGGAAGAAAAGACUCGCCAGGAGCUGGACAAGGUCAAGCGCAAGUUGGAGGCGGAGUCUAGUGACCUACAGGAACAGAUAGCCGACCUGCAGGCCCAGAUCGCCGACCUCAAAGCUCAGCUCGCCAGGAAGGACGAGGAGUUGCAGAACGCCUUGGCCAGGUUGGAGGAUGAGAUGGCUCAGAAGAACAAUGCUCUGAAGAAGAUCCGAGAGCUGGAGGGACACAUCUCUGACCUGCAGGAGGACCUGGACUCUGAACGAGCUGCUAGAAACAAGGCAGAGAAGAUCAAACGAGACCUCGGGGAGGAGCUGGAGGCGCUCAAGUCUGAGCUAGAGGACACACUCGACACAACUGCCACUCAGCAGGAGCUUCGAGCCAAACGCGAGCAGGAGGUGACGCUGCUGAAGAGGGCCAUCGAUGAGGAGAACCGCACACAUGAGGCUCAGGUCCAGGAGAUGAGACAAAAACACACCCAGGCCGUGGAGGAGCUGAGCGAGCAGUUGGAGCAGUCCAAACGGGUGAAGACGAACCUGGAAAAGGCCAAACAAGCCCUGGAGAAGGAAACAUCUGAGCUGACCGUCGAGGUCCGCUCGCUGACUCAGGCCAAACAAGACGGGGAGUACAAGAGGAAGAAGUUGGAGAGUCAGGUGGUCGAGCUGCAAUCGCGCGUCAACGACAGCGAGAAGCAGAAGACUGAGCUGAGCGAGCGCUGCUCCAAGACUACCGUGGAGCUGGAGAGCGUGACGACCUUGCUGAACGAGGCAGAGGGCAAGAACAUCAAACUCAGCAAAGAUGUUACCAGUCUCACCUCUCAGCUCCAGGACACGCAGGAGCUGCUGGCGGAGGAGACGCGUCAGAAGCUGCAGAUCUCCACAAAGCUGCGACAAGCCGAGGACGACAACCACAGCUUACAGGAGCAGCUGGAGGAGGAGGUGGAGGCCAAGAGGAAUGUGGAGCGUCACGUUUCCACCCUCAACAUCCAGCUAUCCGAUGCAAAGAAGAAGCUGGAGGAGAUGUCUGGGAACCUGGAGCUUCUGGAAGAGGGUAAAAAGCGACUGCAGAGAGAUUUGGAGGCGGCCAACACUCAGUUUGAAGAGAAGGCCUCGGCCUACGACAAGUUAGAGAAGACCAAGAACCGUCUGCAGCAAGAGCUGGAGGACACGCUGAUGGACCUGGAACACCAGAGGCAGAUCGUGUCUAACCUGGAGAAGAAGCAGAAGAAGUUUGACCAGAUGCUGGCUGAAGAGAAGAGCAUCUCCAGUAAAUACGCAGAAGAGCGAGAUCGUGCAGAAGCUGAGGCCAGAGAAAAAGAAACCAAGGCUCUGUCCCUGGCAAGGGCUCUGGAGGAGGCCCAGGACUCCAGAGAGGAGCUGGAGAGGGCCAACAAGGCCCUGAGGGUGGAAAUGGAGGACCUGAUCAGUUCCAAGGACGAUGUGGGGAAAAAUGUUCAUGAGCUGGAGAAGUCCAAACGAGCCCUGGAGGCCCAGGUGGAGGAGAUGAAGACCCAGCUGGAGGAGUUGGAGGAUGAGCUGCAGGCGGCUGAAGACGCCAAACUUCGUCUGGAGGUCAACAUGCAAGCUCUGAAAGCUCAGUUCGAAAGAGACCUCCAGGGACGGGAUGAGAUGGGAGAGGAGAAGAAGAGGCAGCUCGUCAAACAGGUCCGUGAGCUGGAGACGGAGCUGGAAGAUGAACGUAAACAAAGAGCCCAGGCGGCAGCAGCCAAGAAGAAGCUGGAGACGGACAUGAAAGACCUGGAGGGACAGAUCGAGACGGCCAAUAAGGGACGAGACGAGGCCAUCAAGCAGCUUCGAAAGCUCCAGGCCCAGAUGAAAGACUACCAGAGGGAGCUGGAGGACGCUCGAGCAGCACGGGAGGAGGUGCUGGUCACUGCAAAGGAGAGCGAGAGGAAGGCCAAGAGUCUGGAGGCGGAGCUGAUCCAGUUACAGGAGGAGCUGGCUGCAGCGGAGCGGGCCCGGAAGCAGGCCGAGGCUGAGCGGGACGAACUCUCCGACGAGCUGGCCAGCAACUCCUCUGGAAAAUCCGCCCUGGCUGAUGAAAAGCGUCGGCUUGAAGCCAAGAUCGCCCAGCUGGAGGAGGAGCUGGAGGAGGAGCAGAGCAACAUGGAGAUCCUCAACGACAGGCUGAGGAAGAGCGCGCAGCAGGCGGAGCAGCUGAACGCCGAGCUGCAGACGGAGCGCAGCGCCUCCCAGAAGAAUGAGAGCGCCCGGCAGCAGAUGGAGCGCCAGAACAAGGAGCUGAAGGCCAAACUCCAGGAGAUGGAAAACCAGGUCAAGUCCAAGUUCAAGUCCUCCAUCUCUGCCUUGGAGGCUAAAGUGGCACAGCUGGAGGAGCAGCUGGAGCAGGAGAACAGGGAUAAGCAGGCAAACGCCAAGAGCAUGCGCCAGAAGGACAAGAAGAUGAAAGACUUGAUGAUGCAGCUGGAAGAUGAACGGAAACAGGCGGAGCAGUACAAAGACCAGUCGGAGAAGGCCAAUUCCCGCAUGAAGCAGCUGAAGAGGCAGCUGGAGGAGUCAGAGGAGGAGUCUCAGCGCGCCACGGCUGCUCGCAGGAAGCUGCAGCGGGAGCUGGACGAAGCCACCGAGGCCAACGACGCCAUGAGCCGCGAGGUCAACUCCCUCAAGAGCAAACUCCGGCGUGGAAAUGAGCCCUCCUUUGGCAGCGCACCGCGGCGAGGGGGCGGAGGCCGAAGGGUGGUCGAGGACGCCUCAGAAGAGGAAGUGGACUCCUCGAGUGACUUCAAUGGAACAAAGUCCUCCGAGUAACGGACGGAAACCCAGAACAAAAACCAAAAUCAGAGCAACACCUUCCACCGUAAAGCGGAGAAAAUCCACCAUUUAUCAGCUUUUUUUUCCUUCCCAGCUGAAUUUAUACUCUCCUCCCAUUUCCAGCAGCUUUAAGGAUCACGAUGAGUCAAACCCAUCAUGAGAAUCGCCACUAGACGACCUGGUCUCGUUGCUCUGCUGAUGGGAUGUUUUGGUUCUUUAAUGUUCACUUUUUUUUUUUUAUUACUGCACUAAAUGAUGAUUUCUGCGAUGUUUUGUACACAGAGGUGCUUCUAAUUAUCACCUAAGUUGAGAGCGGAGUGGAGGAAGUGUUGCCUGUGACUGCUGUUUGUUACAGAACAGCGCUGAAACGGUCCAGAUGUGUGGAACGCCGUCUGCAUCCGAGAGAUCUAGCCCAGAGAGCUUUUCUACAUUAUUGCACCUUUCCUGCUGCGUCCAGCCCAGUGAAGACCCGAGCUCCGUUGUUUUAGAUGCAUUUUAAUCCAUAAAUCCUGAGUCACAUGUGGAUAUUGGGCACUUCUAUUUGUGCAACUUCCUGUUUGUGUGUGUUAAAGGCUCCCCAUCACCCUAAACCUGGGGUCCUUUAAUCAUGUUAAAUAUAACCAGCUCAUGUUCACAUGACACCCUUUGUAACCUUCAACUGUUGAACCACCUGCACAGAAAUAAAAACCCAGAAAAACA